UCGACGUACUUCACAUUAAGCUUGUGUAACUAAAGUUUUAUAGUUUAUGGAUAAUCCAGUUUACGGAUAGUUCACGAUAAGUGACACCUUAACUUUGUUUGUAAUCGUGUGGAGAUCGAAAGCCUUCACUCAGCUGGAGGGAGUAGUAGUGUUGAUUAGCCGUGUCAAUGCGGUUAUUGUUAGCUGACUAAAAAGCGAGCUAUGGACAGACCAUCUAGGAAGACAAAGACUGUGAAUUACUGUGAGACCAAGGACUUCGAUGAUGAUGAGGAUUUUGCCUGUGUGAAGGCCCCACCCAGCAAAAAGGUCAGGGAGGAUGUGAAACAAGAACAGAAGAAAUCAUUAAGCAAGUCCUCCAGUCAAGGGGCCACCUCACAAUCAAGCCAGAAGAACAGAAAGCCACUGGACGAAAAGCUGUAUGAGAGGGAUCUCGAAGCAGCCAUCACGCUUUCCAUGCUUAAUAAUGCAGGUGAAGUGAAGGACCAGUCUCAUGUUAGUAGAGGAGAUGUCAAAUUUCCAGGAGAUGUCAAAUUUCCAGUAGAUGAAAACACAGAUCCAGCUUCUCUGCUCCUGUCCAACUGCAGUGUGGAUGGUGCAGUUAUGGGUUUGGACAAAAUUACAUCAGAGAAAGGGUCGCCUGCCCCUGCCAGGCAGAGAAAGGCUGCGUACAAAGCUACUGAGGAGCUGAAAAACAAGGAUGGUGAUGAUGAUGAUGACUAUCAACCCAAACUGACACCAGAUUCGGAAAGCGAUGAAGAUUUCAGUGAACCAUCUGAGAGCGAAGAUGAGGAGUUCAAAGUAAAGAAAGCAAGCAAGACCAAAAAGAAAGAAAAAGCAACAAAGAGUGAAAAAAACAAACAGAUUCUUGCUUCUAAAAAAGAAAAGCAACCAUCAAAGCCUAAAUUGCAAGCAGCAGCAGCUUCUAACCCAGUGACAACACCUCCAACGGCCAAACCUGCCUCUAAAAGACCUGCGUCAUCCUCCACAGUCUGCACAUCGAAGCCUGCAGCCUCUCUGAGCCCAGCAGAGGGAAGAAUGCCCAAGUGGAACCCACCAGCUCAAAUUGGAAAAAGUCCCUCCACGUCCCAGUCUCCAGCAGUGAAGUCUCCGGGUCAGGGUCUGCGGCUCGGGCUCUCCCGCCUCGUUCGAGUCAAACCUUUGCACCCUAGUGUUGCAAGCCACUGACUGAACUGACCUGCUGUCAGAGGUCAGGUCAUGUUGUGCUUUUAAAGUUUUCAGUUAUUUUUACGCAGAGACUUCUAAAUAUUAAUUUCUCUUAGUGUGAUACAAAAUGCACAAUACUGAGAGGGUCUUCACCUUGAAGCUGAUGGAGCUUAAGGGUGUCCUCUUACCCCUGGAUGCUAUUUGAGGUUAAAUUCUGAAAGUGUGAGUUCAUGUCUGAGUUGUCCUUUUUCUUUUUUUUUCUUUUUUUUUUUUUGGUCCUGAAUUGUGACAUGUUACCUCCA